AUGUCGCCCAGCGAGGCUGUAGGCCGGUUGGGGUUCAGCAUGCGCAGGGCACGUCGGAGGGCCGAGGACACCACUUCUCCCUGCUCCAGAGAGCGAACCCUUUUGCUGUUGCUACUCUGUUGCCCGAGGUCGGCCGACCCUGACCGGAUGGCGUCACCCAAACCCCUAGCAGCCGCUCCGCUUCAUCCGCUCCAGCCCAUUCGAAGCUUCCUGUCCCCACUGCUCCAAUAUUGGCUCCCAACGGAUCAGUGUUGUAUCGUCAGCAUAACCAAGAUAGCCAAGCUGGUGCCCGUCCUUCUCCAGCCCGAGCCCCUUCCUUUCCACCUCCAAGGCCAACGGCUCCACUGCACACAGGAAGAGACCCUUUACCCAACCAACAAAUCGCUCCGAAAACCCCAUGGAUCCCAACACCUGGAACAGGAAGUCCCUGGAGACUGA